GGGCGGGGCCGCGCCGCAGGGCGGGAGCACGCAGGGGGUGAUCAGCGCACGCACCGGCCGCCAUCUUUCUCUUGCAGCUCGGCGGGCAAGCAGGCAGCAUGGGCCACCAGCAGCUCUACUGGAGCCACCCCAGGAAGUUCGGCCAGGGCUCCCGCUCCUGCCGCGUGUGCUCUAACCGCCACGGCCUCAUCCGCAAGUACGGCCUGAACAUGUGCCGGCAGUGCUUCCGGCAGUACGCCAAGGACAUCGGCUUCAUUAAGCUGGACUGAGCGCCGGGAGGAUGAGGCUGUCGCCAGAAGCUCCCGGGGGUUCCCUGACACAUCGACAACAUCUCGGCACAGCUAUACUCAAUAAAUAGUCUCCCUGCCCUA